ACAUACGGCUUGGGUUACCGGCCACGUGUGCGCGUGUGUGGAGGUACAUACGCCUGCUUGACAGUCCUUGCUACUAUCGCUGCGACUGUGUAAGUCCGGGUUAUAUACCCCGUGGAGAGUGCGCUAGCUACCGUAUAUAUUUAAUGAAUCGACCCGCCACGGCAGCUGUGUUUAUGUUACUCGGCCCGCCUAUUAUUCAAGCGGGCACCAACAAGAGACUGUGUGUUACACGUAUAUAUGUACAUACAUACUACAGAACAGUUCACACCGACGGCAAGGUAAUCGUGUUAGAUUUGCCGGCAAGGUAGUUACGGAAUGCAUACUGAUAUAGCAUACGGAUAUUACAGGCAGCUGAUAGAACCAGGCCAUAUCGACGUAACACUGCUGCCAAUGGUUGGAAAAUAUUCCAGUGGAUUCCGAAUUAUUCACGGACAUUCCAUUAUUUCGAGCUAAUUUAGUGGAAUUCCAGAGAAUAUAAGCCCUCUGUGGGGUAUAAGGACUUCUGAAUUUCGGAAUCUACGUAAUAUGUGUGGGCGUUACAUACCUACGUUUGGCAUUUAUACAGCGGAAGCAAAUAUACCGCAAUGCUUGGGCCAAAUGAAGUGGCAAUAACGAAAUUACAUGUAUAUCAAAAAUAGCUCAGCUCUACACGGUAACCCAGGUGUGGAACACGUGAAUGGCCAUUUAGCAAUCGUUUCUAACAAGGCCCAUUCUUACUCAUCCAGGCCAUAAUAACACGGGAGUCAUUCAAGCAUCACUCGGCGUGUGUAGGUCAGUUAAAAUUAUUGUUACCAGCUCGCGCCAGAUCUAAAAAAAAAAGUAUCGAGCAGUAUUGUUGUUGUGUCGUGUAAAUAUGUGGCAGUGUGUCAGAUUUCACAUACCUGUGUUUGUACCCUGAGAAGAAUGGGCUGGCAGACGGUGUGACCGAUAACCUACUGUUAAUACCUGGGAGGUUAGAAGCUGAUCUUUCUAACCAACCGCAGCUGGGAGUCACGAUACACAGAAGUUCCGAACCCUGCAUUUUUUUUUAUUUCGUCGGGUUUCUUACCAUUUCUCCACAUCUGGAUCUACGUUAUAUCUCUUGGUGUUCUAACAGGAAGUGGUAUAGCCCUCGUGGUACAUACAAUCCCCCUAUCGGUGUCAUUGGAGUGGAGGUAUAGCCUACAUGCGCUGUUUGAGUCAAUCCAUUAGGGCGACGAGUGUGUUUCGAAAUAACACGGACAUUUUUGGGGUGGCAUGUUUAACUUCAGGCAGUAGGCUUAGAAACCAACUCAUUGGAGGAACGUCCGAGUGAAGAGUGUUUCGAAAUGUGAUCCGUUUCUGGAGGAACGCGUAUAGUUACGCAUACGUUUCCUUCCCAGGAAACGGUGAAGGGGCAGUUUGCUACCAUUGACGUCCAUAUUUAUUCUUGGAGGACACGUAGAAUUUCGUUCCGUUCCAAGGAACUUUGUGUUGAAACGGGACAGUCACAUUGUCACUUCUGAUGUCCAAUACUCUACCAUUGAUUGUACUUUCCCAUCAAGGCUGAUCGUGGAAGUACAGUGCCCGGAAUGAGCUGAGACUUGUGGAUCUGUGGAUACACAUGCGAUAGGUUGUUAUUCCCUGUGGAGGACAAAAGAAAAUAGUACCCCAGAAUUGUGGCCCCAUAAUUGUGGGCUUGCUUGCACUUUAUCUUGGCACUCAUCCACACACCGUGUCAGUGGACUUACCUAAGGGGUCAAGAUUUGCGGGUCGUUUGACACACCUGUACUUGUGGGGUUGUCCCCAAAACCCAUUUCCGGGGUUCACUGCUCAACGGUACUGGGUCGCCACAGCGAAAUGGUGGACCUUCAAGGGGUCCACCUAUCGGCCCCACCCCCCGGGGUGGACCCCUCAAGGUCAUUCCAGACUUCCGCUCCAGCUAAGCCCCCCAAACCCCCAAAACCUCCAAAACCUCCAAAACCCCCUAAACCAGACAAUCAUAAAAUGCCACCAAACGGAUUUUCGCACCGCCCGGAUUCAGUGCCAUGGUCGCAGAGGAAGGCUCGGAUGGACAGCGCUCUUGCGUGGUUGAAGUCAGAAAUGGAGUUAUUACGCAUCCACGACAAAUUAUUAGAGGCGCAGUUCCAGCAAGUUCAAACGAUGAUUGAUGUCAUCAAGAAGGAACGAGAGGAAGUGCGCAAGCGCAGAAGGUCGCUGUCUGUCGAAACUGACGUCGACGAGAACGAGGAACACUGGGAAGAUUGGGAGAUCCAAGAGUUUGAAGCUCAAUACGAACAAGAGUUUGGACUUUCGUUGGAUUCUCGGAAAAGUGGUGCAUCACAGGAACUUAAAAAACUACAACAACAACAGCAACAAAGGACAAAAAAUGGCUUCCGGAUGACAAUGCCAAUGCAGGAGACAAAGAUCAGUGUGUGACGUCACGGCAGUGAACAAAUAGCCCAAUAUAAAUAAUAGAAUGCCAACGUUAUAUGGCUUCUGUUUUGUGUUUAUCGUGCCAACGUGACGUUGUCAUGGAUACAAGAAAACGUUGGAAUUGUAUCCGAACCUUGUGAAUAGUGAUAACAAAGGUAAAAUUAUAUCAGUCAGAAGUCCUUGUGUCAAGUUGCUUUAAACGGAUUGUUUUUAUGUGAGUGUGCUAAAUUUCCGGUACCUCCACAUGGAAUACAGAAUCAGAAGAGGAGUGUUCUUCAGUACGGCAGAAUUCAAUCAUUUACAAAACAUGGCGGCCUCAGUUCUGAAUUUUCGGUCGAUUAUAGCUUGCCGUUUUGACCGUGAUCUGUUUAUGUUAAGGAAUCCAAGGGAUGAAUCAGUUACUGACAUGAUGGGUUAGGAAGAAAAACAAAACUUUUCGUAUGGAUAUAUACAUGUUUGCUUAAUUCAAAUGAAGACAAAUCAUACAUAAUCAUAAUAUUGAUGAGCAUUUAAUGAAUAUGCAUCCCUGCAAUGAUAACUCGGGUCCAAGCUGGAUCGGCAGUUAUUCUCUUGCAGCACUUGAGAAAUACGUGCGUUUUAUUAGUCUGCAUUUAAUGAAUAUGCAUCCGGGUGUAUGUGAAUAUUUGUGAUAUAUAAGAAGUAAUUGUUUAUAACCGCUUCAAGUCAGUACUUCGAGGGAGAGCUAUUUUGGAUCAUCGCAUGUGUAAUACUCUUCCAAAAAAUAGACCCUGCUGCUAAUGGAAGCCUUUGUGAAGGUUGUUGUUGUCUAAUGAAUGUGAACUAUAGUAUUAAGUGUACGAACCUACUUAAGUCUAAAUAUUUAUAGCAGUUAUAAUGUGUUGUUAAAGCUAUUAGCAUAAUUUAUCCAAAUAAUUGAAAAACAAAAUGCAAACGAAAAGGACAAAAUGGUGUAUUGAAGGAUACUCAGUGUAUACCAACUAACAAAAGCUACUGCCAGAAUCAUUUUUUUGUUGUUUUUCGUUCUUGACGAGAUAUGCUUCAAUCAAGAGUUAAUAAUUGCUGAUACUUAUAUUUGGCCAAUGUAUACACAUGUGUCUGUUUGUGAUUAUUUACGCCAGUUGAAUAACACGAAAAUAACUCAAGAAAUGCAUUGAUCUGUCGAAAUUGAAAAAUGACUUGAAACUCCCGAUCAAAAAGACAUUCAGGCAAAAGCACUGUACACACAGAGUUGUUACCCCUGACGUGGGCCUCAGUAUUACCACCAGAGUUAUGCCCCAUGAAUCAGACGCAUAUUACGUGUGGUUAUACCACGUGUAAUGAUACCAGUAUUUAGCAGGUACAUUUACAGGUCUUUAUUUGUAUGUUUGUUGUCUAGGCAAUACAUAUUUUUUAUUAUAAAAGACAUGACCCAUUACUCAGAUCCACCUGUUAGUAGCAACUUACAGCGAAUUGUAAAGGCCAAUGGGCUUAUUGGGAGCUAUCCUUAAUGAUUAUGUGAGCUUUAAAAGGAGUUUCAUCUCAAUAUUCCAGAUUGUUUUUGCUUAAAUUACCACUAUUUGCAAUAGGUUACAUUUUCCCGUGCAAUGAUAAUUCGGGUCCAAGCUGGACGGCAGUUACUCUCUUGCAGUACUUGAGAAAUACGUGCGUUAUAUCAGUCUGCCCACAAAACGUCAUGUCGAAGGCAGGAAUACUGCAGGCUGGACGUUUCCCACUGGUAUAUCAGAGGUAUACGAUAUUCUCAAGUAAGGGGCCUCCGUGGCUCAGUCGGUUAGCGCGCUAGCGCAGCGUAAUGACCCAGAAGCCUCUCACCAAUGCGGUCGCUGUGAGUUCAAGUCCAGCUCAUGCUGGCUUCCUCUCCGGCCGUAAGUGGGAAGGUGUGCCAGCAACCUGCGGAUGGUCGUGGGUUUCCCCCGGGCUCUGCCCGGUUUCCUCCCACCAUAAUGCUGGCCGCCGUCGUAUAAGUGAAAUAUUCUUGAGUACGGCGUAAAACACCAAUCAAAUAAAUAAAUAUUCUCAAGUAUAACAGAACUAUCUGAGAGAAGACACAGAUUUGGUUGUUGACACAGACUAGCCUUAUAAGCCUAAUAACCUGAGGAAGUGUACCAUAGGCCUAAACCAUCAAAAAGUUUCAUUCAUUCUUACAAAUGUUUCGACUUAUGAUGAGAAAUUCAAAGUACAUUUAGUGUAAGGGGCCGUGAGUUACUGCUAGUCAUGGUACGACAAAAAAAAAUACCAAUGACGACAAACAGCGUUCCUCACACCGCUAAAAGACCUUUAUGAACUGCCAAUCAAACAAAUGCAAUUGAAAGUCCCCUUACACUAAAUGUAAGCAAUAUUAUUGCAAACAGGUCAACCGGAUGUCCCAUACAUUGGUUACAAAUGUUCAGUAUUUCUGUGACGUCAUUUGCUUUCACUGGAUCGGAAAAAAAAGUGACGUCACGGAAGGGAGAACGGGACAUCGGAAAUGUUGGAUCCAUUCAUACUAGGUCUCUUUUGAGACUUUCCUCAUCCAUAACGGCUAAUGGCAGUAUUAGAGUCAAGCGUUCAAUGACUUUCGCAGCUGCAUUACUCGAAAGACGAUUAUCUAAAUCUGAUAAUAUGUUUUCCUGAGUUUAAAUCCUACUGUAGCAAACAUCUAGACGUACAACGCCUGACAACACGCAGUAUACUUUCGUGACAAUGCAAUAAGGUAUGGCAUCUUCCAAGUUAAACGUUUUUUCUCUAAAGAGCUCCUUUUCCCAACAGCACAUGUAUCUGCCCCAGGGCAUCCGCACACUGCUAAAUAGGACGACUUGUAACUCGUCUAGCAUUUUUAGCUUUUAUUAUCGAUAUUCAGAAGCAGUUUGAACUUCGAUCUUUUCGUUAUCAAUAAUAGAAAAAGGUCUAGGCCUACUUGACUGAUACGUCAUCUGCAAGCAACAAAGAAGCGUGCAAAGUUAGAAAGGGGCACUGCAAUGAGCAAACCAAUGUUAUAUUUUUUGAAUAAUAAAGCUAUUUUAUUAAUUGUUA